GUUGUAAAGGGAGCUGUCAAAUGAGAGAUAAUGUAUGUGUUAGCGCGUUCAUUUGUCUCGAUCGCAUACAGGCUAGCUACCUCGGCAUGUUAAGACGUUAGGACACGGGCCCUUUUGUGUGGCGGAGGGAUGUAUAUACCAGGAUAGGUAAACUGGCCGGUGAUGUCGACUGUACACUAUUCCUUGUCAUGGACGUUUUAAAUGAAAACUCCUGUUUAUUUUGUGAAAACAUGUGUAUCGAGUUUUUCCAGUGGAGUUUAUACGUGUCCUGGGAUUAAAGUUUGGAUGGUUACCCGCUAGGUACGUAGCUACGACCUCGCCUUCCCCAUUGACAGGUACAGACGGCCAUCUAAGCUCGGUGUUUGGAAUUCUCCGCGAGAUAUCAACAAUAACCGCACGGUCUAUAUCCCUGUGAGCACAGAGCGAUAUUUGUGACAAUUUAAAGUCUACUCAAGGAAUUUCGGGUUUCGUUUUGUAAGGUAACACACACUAGGUGACAAUCACACGGAGUUGUCAGUUUCUACUCGCCGCUCACCGACAGUCAGAGUUACACGGAUUUCCCUCAGAUCCAGCUUACAUUGAAUGGCGAAACGUCCGACUGUAUAAUUAAGGGACCAGCUGAAAAGGUCGGAUGUUCAUCAUUUGUUACGCCUCGCUGGACACGACACGUUUUAUCUACCUGAAAAUUCAUAUUUCGUAGAUCAAAGAAACCUCUAUUUAAAGGACAGUCGCUGGUCCAGUGAACAUUUGUGUUAAAAAGAAGAAACGUUCUGUUAAAGGAUUUGUUAACCAAUAUGGCGGCUCCGUACGGCUUUGGCCUAGCCGUGUUGGUGUGUUGGGGAGUUCUGACCGCCGUGUCGGGUGACAACAGCUGUGUUUCUAAGGGUCAGUUGUACACACGACUGCCAUGGUAUGGCUAUUUGGUCCAGAAGACGUUCCACCCUAACAACGCGAAGAUAGAGUACCAAAUAUCUUACCCGGUGAGUGAAGGCACCGCUAAUUUACUCAUCUAUUACGACGACCAGGUACGGAAGCUUAAAGACGAAAUGUCCUGUAUCGAACGAGAAAAAAUCCUUCCCGUCAAAAAUAAUCAAAUCAUUCCGCUGAACGAGACCGGGAGAUGCACUGUUUGGCGCGACAGUGGCGAGCCCCUGUACGUCUGUGUGGGAGAACGCGUGUUCAAUUCAAGCUUUCCCAGGACGUGGUAUUUUGCUGUGAGUAAAUGCUCUAUGAACGGGUCCCAGUCUUUGAACAUGAACUACUACUUCAAUGUCACAGGAUAUUAUGGUGCGUGUGAGGUUGACCCGUUAUCAAAAACAAUCAUUCCAGCACGUGUUGAAGUUGAACCGGACGUCAGUGUCAUUGUUGCGCUUGGAGUUGUCUGUGGUGUGACUACAAUAGUUGCAAUAGUUUUUAUUAUACUGUUUUUUCUUGGCCGAAGACGGCGUAAAAAUAAGAAGGGUGGCUCUGUGACGUCAUCACAGGCUACUAUGACGCAGGACAUAUUUUACGUGAACCCGUCAUUAUCAGACCGUGAACAUUCCGACUCUCAAUAUAGUCACAGUCAGUCCAGUGGGUCGGAGAACUACUACGAGGUGAUCCCCGACCGCAGGAGUUACGAAAGUAUAAACACACAGCUUGCGCUCCAAGGACACAAUAUCCGGGGACUUAACCUGAACGCAGCGCAUCUAAAGGACCAGAGGAACUCGAACAUCCCCGCCUAUAUCCUCGAGGAUUACCCUCCGCCGCCGUACCAACCUCCACGGGGGCUUCAUAACAUUCACGCUACCAUGCCAAGUGGUGUACACCAUCGGCAAUCAAGUGCGAACGCCAUUCUCCAGGGCGGGAUAAGUCACUAUGCGUCACGUGCUGGUACCCUGUCUGUCCCCAACAGUCACAUGACUUCUGGGGGGCGACCAUCUAUUCAACAACUCGCCGCCAGUGGCAUGCACCCAAUGUACCGACAACAUCGCCCAGUUCAGCCAACUCAGACCGAGGCUGACGUAGAUACACACACUGCGCAGAAGCAGUUGGUCAGUGCGGGGGUUAACAGAGUGAAUGGUACUCCAGUUCACUCUGACAUUAUUCAACAAGCUCUGAACAGGCAGCCACUGGUUCACGCUACGAGCCAAGCGAGCCCUGUGCAGAGUUCACCUCAGUCACGUACGAGUGACGUACCGAUGACGUCCGAUAGUGCCACUCAGCCAAUGACGUCAUUCCCGAGUGGCGUGCCAUCCUCAAGCACUCAAACGACACCGAUACAAAAUUCAAACUUUGUCAGACAGCUGACAAACAGUGGCGCAAAGUCAAACCAGCAAAACAUUCAGCUUCAAACAUACGGGCAAUCUAAGCACCAACCACAAGGAAGCGGAAGUGCUAAUGGUAACAUUCCAAACGGAGGACGGACGCCACAAUAUCCGAACAGUAAUGUAGCCAAGUUACUACACGAUGCCUACCGGAUUCAACAGUUUGAAACAACGGCGUAACAUUGGUUAUGUUAAUGACGUCAUCAUAUUUGGUUAAAAUCGUGAUGUUAUAUUUUCAUUGGACGCGUUGACGUUCUAGCUCAAAGUGUGCAUUCUUAAAGGAGGAAUUAAUCUUUCGUCUCAACAUCGAGGAAUUCCAUGGUAACAGAAGUGAGGUAUAACGAUGAAUUCAGCUUGUUUCUGUAUGUCACUCCAUACAGAGAAAGACUGCGCAUGCGUCUUUUACAAGUUGACGACAUUACGUCAUUCCAUCAACUGGUUAUUUUGUACCCGUAUAAGACCGAUAACUCGUUUUAUACGAGGUGAUAGUUGACGGGUUGGUAAUUGGCUGAUACCUGAGACCGGAGAACUAGCAUUGUUUUGAAUGUUUUGAAGCAUGGUACCUCUACAGAUAAAGUGAACUGGUAACGCAACACUUCACGAGGAGGAAAACAAUUAAUUUUAAAAUAGGAUGCUCACGGAAUCAAUUAUGACGAUAGAAGUCUGAUAUUAAAUCUGUGACUACAACAAACACUUACUGUGCAAUCAUUUUAUCUUAGUUACGUCCUAUAGAAUUCCUAUUGACUAUUCACUGCGGGACUGCAAUUCAAAAAGUCGCGUCCCCGUGCAGUGUGGGUAAUUCAUGGCAAUAUUGAGGUGUAAUUGUUCUGGAACUUCCAUGCGCCUCCUUCCCUAAUUAUUUAUCCGGAGUCGUGACGUCAUCGUAUUGUGUGUACUUGUGUGUGUACCUAGUGUAUGUUGUGGUGUAAUCAAGAGAAUGGGGUGAGAGGUCAUUAGUGUGAAAGUUUUGUUUUAAGAUUUAAAAUCUGUUUCAAAAAUUGUAAGGUUCAAAAAUAGUCAUGUCUUGUUAAGGAUGCGAGUCCUUUCAUUUGUUACUGUGUACAGACAUUAAGGUAGAGAGCCCCGCCAAUUUUCUAAUUAAGACUUAAAUGAUCAUGUUACAGUGGUAUUUCCACUAUCUUACUAUAAUAUUAUAAGUUGUGGCCCUUUUAAUGGGGUAAAACCAUUUUGAAAAAAAAUGUCUAAAUAAAACAAACAGCGCAGACAAUAAACUACCUGCUUAAUUAGCAAGAAUUUAGGGGAUCGAAUCCCCGUGGCGCAUAUUUGCAAAAAAGGGAAAUAACUAUGAAUACAUAUCUUGCAAAAAACUUCUUUUAUAAAGGGUGGAGGCGACUUCAGACAGAAUGCCGAAUAGUAACCCUGUUCGUACGGGGAUACUACACUGAGUCUACUUUAACUUAUAGGAUUCGUUAUCAGCUAUGUAUUCUGAUCUGUGUUUAUAAAAUGUAAGUGCAUGUAGGUUACUAACAACCCCGUGUUAAUGAGGUCAAUUUGGACCAGAUUAUUCUGUAAAGUUAAAAUUUGUAGUCCUUUUUUUCUUCAUAAGCAAUGUUAGACCGAUACUUCUGUCAAGUGGAGUACCGUUAAUUCUCAUUGCUGUUCGGGAUCUAUUUAACUAUUUAUUUUCUCGAAAACAAUUUCUUCUUUUUAACGAGUUUCCACUUUUAAGUCAGUGGGGCAAAUUUAAAAAUUUCAGAACAGUGAUAUGCGAAUUUUGAUUUCGGCAAUUCGGGGAAAAACUUGAAGUGAUAAGCUAUGGAAUACUGAUGAAGUGGCAGCUGGAGUGACCUCCCUUGAAUUCCGGAAAUAAAUGACGCCUGGUCCAUUUAAAAUAAGGAGACAUUUACAAGAUAAAAUAAAUAAAAAGAAAUAUUACGCCUGGCGGCAAACAAAGGCGGUUUAUCUUGCCUUACAAUGCCAGCCACUCUCUCGGUACAACAUGCAAGUUAUUAAUGUCAAAUCGAUAGCGAAGCGCUGCUUUCGACACGUGCUAACCAAAGUUUUCUCAGUAUUCGAUCAAAUUCUCCUCAGUUGGCAAAAUAUACCGCUGUAAACUUGCUAAGUUUACAUUUGGGAGUUAUUUCGCCACAGAAAUCGUCAAUAUAGAUGGUUUAACACAAAUAUAAAGUGAUGUUGCCAUGGCAACCGGUUAAGUUAUUGUAAAACAUGUGGAGGGCGGGUUUUAGUGUAUACACACUCUGGAAUGAAGCGUUUGAAUUCGGCGUAAAGUGUCAAUCAUUUCUAUAUUGAUAUGAAAUACCCGAUCGUUUACUGUGUCUUAAACAUUAAAUGUGCGUUACAUGUUAUCUUACAAAGGUCUCCGGGAAAUAAACGGAAAAGGGCACACCUUAGAUAUUGUUUGAAGUGUAAAACUUUAUUCAUCGAUUUUAGUUUAAAUUCUAUAUUAUUGUCAAUAAACAACAGCUGUACAAUUAAUACAUCAAUACGAUGAUAUACAAGCAUCACUUAUUUUAACCGACUCCUUAGUUUCACGAAGAUAGGGCAGGUCGGAACUGCCACGUUUAAUAUUCCAUAGAAUUUGUAGAGGGAAGGGAAAUGAAAACAAAGAAUGUCGCGAUUUUUAAACUUGAUAUAAUAAAAAAAAAAAUCAAUCUACA